AUGAGUUUCGGAAAUCCUGAUGGCCGAUUCAAGUGGUCCAUCCCAGAAGAAGAAGCACUACCAGUGCUGAACCAUUGCUACGAAUCCGGCCUCAACUUCGACACCGCAAACGCCUAUUCCAAUGGCCUUUCCGAAGAAAUGCUCGGCAAAGCGAUCAAGAAAUACAGAUGGCGCCGGGACAACAUCGUCGUCGCAACCAAAGUGUGGGCCCCCGUCGGCGGCGGCCUUGAACAACCAUUGGCAAUGACAGAUGAUGAAAAAGACGAUGCCGGCUACGUGAACCAAUACGGAUUAAGUCGAAAGCAUAUCUUCGAUCGCGUCGAUGCCAGUCUCCAAAGACUCGACCUGCCCUACAUCGACUUGCUACAGAUCCACCGCUUCGACCCCCGAACUCCACCCAAGGAAACAAUGGAGACACUCCAUGAUAUCGUCAAGUCCGGCAAAGUGCGCUACAUCGGUGCUUCGUCGAUGUGGGCCCAUCAACUGCUUGAGUACCAGUACACAGUUCGCCUCCACAGCUGGACGGAGUCCAUCUCGAUGCAGAUGCAGAAUCUGCACAACGCCAUCUACCGAGAAGAAGAGCGGGAAAUGUAUCCCUCCUGUGCCAAUUUCGGCAUGGGCGGGAUACCAUGGAGUCCCAUCGCAAUGGGCUACCUGGCUCGACCCUGGUGGGAAUUCUCAAAGACUGCACGGGGAGAGGGCCAGGGCGCUGGGUUCCUCGGUCAACCUGCGACAGAGACGGAUAAGAAGAUCAAUGAGCAAGUUGAGAAGAUUGCGAAGGAGCGUGGUGUGUCGAUGGUGACUGUGGCUAUUGCUUGGUCUCUUUCUAAGCUGUUUAUUACGGCGCCGAUUUUGGGAAUGAGUAAGAAGGAGGGAUGA